GAAGGGGGCAGCAGCCAUGAGGGAUACUCAGGAACAAAGAAGAGCUGUACCAUCUGAAACUUGCUCUCUAUCUCAAAACUCAUGAUCAAGGAACUGCUUGCCUCCAGAGGGAUUCUCCAACUGCCUCUGGAUGAUACUUAGGGCAAGAGAUAUCUGAACUGCAGUGAACAACUUUUGUCAGUCUCUUAGUUAGUGCUUUCUAAUGAUCAGACUGGAAUGCUUCACUACCAAGGCACUUGGAAGCUGUGAUGGUAUAAAACGUAUCAUCUUUCAGGUGAAUUAACAUCUUGAUGAAUAUUGAUUACCUUCACUGACCACAUGGAACCUGCAAAUAAUGUGUCUGAAUUCAUUUUAUUGGGACUUACUCAGCAUCAGGAGUCAGAACAAAUCUGUUUUGUGCUGUUUUCAUUGUUCUAUGCAGUUACUAUAGUGGGAAACCUCCUCAUCAUUAUCACUAUCAAGAGCAGCCAGAGUCUUAUUUCCCCCAUGUAUUUCUUUCUAAGCUACCUUUCCUUUGUGGACAUCAGCUACUCUACAGCUAUAGCUCCCAAAAUGAUUGCAGACUUUCUUGUUGAGAGGAAAACCAUCUCAUUCGCUGGUUGUAUGACACAGCUCUUCUUUGGCCAUUUCCUUGGUGGUACUGAGGUAUUUCUCCUCACAAUAAUGGCUUAUGAUAGGUAUAUUGCCAUUUGCAAACCGCUUCAUUACAUGACCAUCAUGAGUGGACGUGUGUGUGGCUGGUUGGUGUUGGGUUGCUGGACAGGAGGCUUUGUUCAUUCUAUUAUACAGACUCUCCUAACCACUCAUCUUCCAUUUUGUGGGCCUAAUGAGAUUGACCACUAUCUCUGUGAUGUGCACCCUUUGCUGAAACUGGCUUGUACUGACACCUACAUUAUUGGCAUCAUUGUUGUUGCUAACACUGGGAUGAUUUCCUUUACCAGUUUUGUUGUGUUAGUUACAUCAUAUGUUGUCAUCUUAUUCUCUUUGAGAAGGCGUACUACUAAAGGCCGCCUCAAAGCUCUCUCCACUUGUGCCUCCCACAUCACUGUAGUGAUUAUAUGUUUUGGGCCCUGCAUGUUCAUCUACUUACGACCAACAACAACCCUCUCAGAAGAUAAGUCAGUCUCUGUGUUUUACACUGUUGUCACCCCUAUGCUGAAUCCAUUGAUUUAUACCCUGAGAAAUGAAGAGGUGAAAAAUGCCAUGAGAAAAAUGUGGAUCCAAAAAGUGGACUGAGAAAAUCAAUAAAAAUUGUAAGCUGUAAAUAUAGUACAUUUAGAUACUGAUGGGUGAACUAGAUUUCACCAGCAUUUUAGAGAAACGUCAUUUUUAUAUUACUGUCCAUUUCUUUUAUUGUGAAAACUGUACAAAAGUUUCCUAUGAAUAUUGCUACUGUGCACCUUUUUAAAUACAAUGCUUGCAAUA